GCGGGCCUGGGGCCCCGGGGCGCGUUGGGGUCGGUUGGAGUCCGGGCAUGGACCGGAGCCUGCUGGCUCUGCUGCUGCCACCUCUAGUGCUCCUGGGUCUGGUGUCCCCUACUCAGGUAGACCCAGACUACCAGUAUUUUGGCCAGCAGGGCAAAGUUGACACCUUGGAGCUGCUGAGGCUGCAGCAAAAAAAGGGAGCGGAAGAUUCAAUCUUAGGCCCGUGGGGAAAGUGGCAUUGUUUCUGCGAUCUGGGCAAACAGGAACGCAGCCGUGAGGUGCUGGGUACAGACCCAGUCCCCGUGUUCAUGGACCCAUCGAACUUGGUACAGUUGAGGCCCUGCCGGCAACGGGAUUGCUCAUCUUGCAAACCAAUGGACUGCGACUGGAGGGUCUGAGCAGAGUCACUGAGGGACUGGCUCCAGCAGCAACGGGGCGGAGCUUGCGAAGCAACCCCGCCCACCCUCGAUUACAAACUACUCCCUUAGUGGUAGCUCUCGAAGACUACAAGUCCCAGAAGAAGGCACGGCAGCGGCGACAGCGUCGCCUGCGUAAAAGUACCGCGUCGGCGGGCGCCUCGGGGGCGGGUCCUGCGCGCCAAUUGGUCAGCAUCGAGAGCGGUAACGGCACUCGCGGGAAACGCGCGCUGGGACCUGCGCCUGCAGUUUUGUAAAGCUGUGGGCUGUCGCUGAGGCAGCAUGGAUCUCAGAGAGCUGGAGAAGGACAAUACGGGCCGCUGUCGCCUGAGCUCUCCUGUACCCGCCGUGUGCCUCAAGGAGCCGUGCGUCCUGGGCGUGGAUGAAGCGGGCCGGGGCCCGGUGCUUGGCCCCAUGGUCUACGCCAUCUGUUACUGCCCCCUGUCCCGCCUGGCAGAUCUAGAGGCCCUGAAAGUGGCAGACUCAAAGACCUUGACAGAGAAUGAACGGGAGAGGCUGUUUUCGAAAAUGGAGGAGGACGGAGACUUUGUGGGUUGGGCUUUGGACAUUCUGUCUCCAAACCUGAUCUCUACCAGCAUGCUUGGGCGCGUCAAGUACAACCUCAACUCCCUGUCCCAUGAUACAGCUGCGGGGCUGAUACAGUAUGCGUUGGAUCAGGGUGUGAAUGUCACCCAGGUAUUUGUAGACACUGUAGGAAUGCCAGAGACAUACCAGGCUCGAUUGCAACAGCGCUUUCCAGGGAUGGAGGUGACAGUCAAGGCCAAAGCAGACUCCCUGUUCCCUGUGGUCAGUGCUGCAAGCAUCUUUGCCAAGGUGGCUCGAGACCAAGCUGUGAAGAACUGGCAGUUUGUAGAGAGUUUACAGGAUCUGGAUUCUGAUUAUGGCUCUGGCUAUCCCAAUGAUCCCAAGACAAAAGCCUGGUUGAGGAAACACGUGGACCCCGUGUUUGGCUUCCCCCAGUUUGUCCGGUUCAGCUGGAGCACAGCCCAAGCCAUCCUGGAAAAGGAGGCUGAAGGUGUCACGUGGGAGGACUCAGCCGCUGAGGAGGACCCUGGGCAGCCUGGAAGGAUCACAUCCUACUUCCUUAGCCAGGGCCCUCAGGCCUGCCGCCUGCAGAUCCCCCACAGGUACUUCCAGGAGCGAGGUCUGGAGGCAGCCAACAGCCUCUAGAGGCAAAUGUGUGAAUCCGCCCCUCUUACUUGGGAAUUAAAGCUGUUCAAGGAGA